AAGAAGCUAGUGCAAAAUGUGAUAACACCGCGAGACAGAGGUCAGAAUUUCUCUCUCACAACCAUCUUGGAUAUAGAAUCCUGACUCGACACAAGCAUGCCUGGCGAAGCCACAGAGACGGUCCCAGUCACUGAGCAGGAGAUGCAACAGCCGCAAGUUGAGACUGCUCCAGGGGUGUUGAGUUCCUCUGCUCCUGUUGGGAUGUCUGUGCCCGACGUGACCAAUGCCCCUUUGGAGAGUCCUGUGCCUCCAGAAGGCUCCACUUUUCUUCCAGAAAUCAAAUCCCAUUCAGUGUCAGACAUGGCUUCUGGAGAGGCAGCUAGUGGCCAACUUAAUGGUGUAAAAUCAACACCUGAAGCCACUGUGCAAACUGAAGUGCCUGGUGUCACAGAGGAAGCAGGGAUCCAAGAAUCUGUCUCACCAGUUGAGGCAGCUGCCGCAGAAGAAACGGCUCUUUCCAAUGAACCUGAUGCCUCAAAUGAAGAACCAACUGUUAAAGACCUAGAAGCUGCUGCAGAAGAGCCGGUCACCCAAGCAACUGAAAAUAUAAUCAUUCAAGAUUCAGCUGAAGUUACAGAGGCUACCGUGGCAGCUCGUCAAGAGACUGUGGCUGAGGAAUCUAUGGCUGAAGCUGAAGAACCCAUUGAAGUGGUCAAAGAACCUGUGCCUGCUGCUGAAGAGCCCAUUGAUGAUGCUGUUGACGCGCCAAUCGUAGACACUAUUGAUGGGAUGGCACGUGGAACUCCAGAAGUCACCCCUGAGCCUGCAGUUGAGACAAUCGUUGAAGAUGUGAAGACUGUGAGUUUGAAGCCAGCUCCUGAAGAUGCAGUACCAUGCACUGAAGUGGCCAGCUCGAACCUUGGGGCCAAAGAACCAAAAUCUCUGCCUAAUGAUUUGACCAUUGACACUGCCACACUAAACACAACUCUUGUUGAGAAAGAAGCAUUUGCGGCCUUCUCUGAGGCCGACCAGCCAAAGGUGACGUCAAAUCGUGCAGGCCCGACCAUCUCAACCCGGCACCUGUCAGGGUCUGGCACUGAAUCAGACAGUGAUGAGUCUGUACCAGAUCUGGAGGAACACGACUCUGCACAGACACAGCAAGCGCAGCUUGCAGCUGCUGCAGAAAUAGAUGAAGAACCCGUAAGCAAAGCCAAACAGAGCCGUAGUGAAAAGAAGGCACGAAAGGCAAUGUCAAAGCUGGGUCUCAGGCAGGUGACGGGGGUCACCAGGGUUACCAUUCGCAAGUCUAAAAAUAUCCUUUUCGUUAUCACCAAACCAGACGUCUACAAGAGCCCUGCAUCAGACACGUACAUUGUCUUCGGUGAGGCUAAGAUCGAGGAUCUUUCACAACAAGCCCAGCUUGCCGCGGCAGAGAAGUUCAAGGUACAGGGAGAGGCCGUGUCGAAUGUCCAGGAAAACACACAGACUCCCACUGUACAAGAGGAGAGCGAAGAGGAAGAGGUUGACGAGACCGGGGUUGAGGUGAAGGACAUUGAACUUGUGAUGUCACAAGCCAACGUGUCGCGAGCGAAGGCUGUGCGCGCCCUUAAAAACAACAACAAUGAUAUUGUCAAUGCUAUUAUGGAAUUGACGAUGUAGGCUGCUGGUCGAAGGGGUUCUGAAAGUUUGCUGGUUUAAUCUACUAUUGUUUGUACAAUUUAUACCCAAGAUGGAAAUAAAGUUGUGGCUUGGUAAAUUGAA